AUGUCUGGCCAAUUGAUUCUAUUUGACAUCCCAGACCGCAACGGCACCUGCUGGUCCCUGAACCCUUGGAAGACCCGACUGGCACUCAACUACAAGGGCAUCAAUUACAAAACCGAAUGGCUCGAGUACCCAGACAUUGAGCCCAGGUUGGCGCCUACUGGCCUGGAGGGUGAUCCCAGCCAGAUCGCCCUGUUCACGUGUCCCACUGUCCAAUUUCCCGACGGGACGUACGUCAUGAACAGCGCCAAGAUCAUCAAGCGCAUCGAGGCCGACUAUCCUGAGCCGUCUCUCCACGCGGACUCGGAGGUUCUCCAGCAGAUGUAUGACUUGCUCAGCGAGACCUUUGAUGCCUUGGGUCCCGUGUUCUUGCCCAUCGCGCCUCGAGACAUCCUCAGCAAGGAAAGCGCGGAGUAUUUUUGGGAGACCCGGGCGGCUCGGUUCGGUAUGACAUUGGAUAAGUUGGAGGAGACGCAGGGUGGUGAGCCCGCGUGGGCCAAGGCCAAGGCGUCUUUGGAGAAAACAGCGGCUCUGUUGGACAAGACUGAAGGACCCUUUUUUCUCGGAGACAAAUUCUCCUACAUCGACUGCGUCUACGUCGGAUUCCUGUUUUUCGCAAAGAGGUUCGGCGAGGACAACUAUCAGCGCAUCAUUGGGCACUCGGAGUCGUUCGAUAAGCUUUACAAAGCUUGCGAGAAGUGGUUGCAGCGAAAGGAUUAA